CUCCACCACAAGCACCGAGAUGUUUCCUGGGUUCCAGACCACGCGGGUGGCACCGGCCGAGGCGACGGCGGAGCAGAAGAGAAUCAUGGAGUCAGUCAAGCAAGAGGCAGACACGCUCAUGCACAUGCAGGACAGGAUGCGCCAGAUCUGCUUUGAAAAGUGCGUCCAUCGCUUUCGAGAAGGCGACUUGGACAUGGGCGAGUCCACGUGCGACGACCGAUGCGUCGGCAAGUACUUGCAAGCAUACUACAAAUUGAAUCAAUACCUGCCAACGCUACAAGAAAAACUAGCACAGGAGGCGCCGCCCACGAAACCGAGCGACCUGUUUGAAUACUAGUCGAAGCGUGCAUAUCGAACAAUCCCGUCGUGGCUUCCUCCGUGAGUUGGUCCAGUCGCAACUCUGCAUUACCAAAACGUAUGUGCAGUUCCAAACACAAUUGCACCGAAUGAAGUAGCAUAUUCACGAGAUUGCUGGUCCACCUUUGCACAAGCUCAAGAAUGCGUUGUCGAAGCAAAGUGUCACUCGCUGGUAAUUCCAUACGAUAUAACUUAUCGAUUGCAGCUCCUUG